UUGUCCAUCUUUCUUGAUCUGUCAUUUGUGUUGAAAAUUGAAAUGCUAAUGAAAUGAAAUGUCAUUUGUCAUCAUCGUAAAUCAUUUCGGUAAAGAUAGCUCGCUGUUUUCAGGAAAGUGGCAUUAAUACUUUUAACUGCUUGCUGUAGAAACUCAAAUAACACAAUAUACAAUGUCGGAGGAGGUCGAUGCACCGUUCAGCACCGUAGAGAUCAACAAUGAAGGCAGGGAGGAGGAAGAUCUCUUCGCUUCAGCGGUCCAGGAAGUCAGCCUUGAUCCUGAAGUGAAUGGUGGACAAGAAGAUAUGGAAAAGUCCAAUAUGGGAGACAUAUCUAUAUCUUCCCCAGCUACUAUCGGCAGUCCAAUAAUGGAAGAGAUAGCCACUGAGCGCGCGAACAACAUAAUCAUAACCGUCACCGAGCCACAAAAGAUCGGAGAGGGCAUGAGUUCAUACGUCGCAUAUAGGGUGAUAACUAAAACCAACAUGCCUAUAUUCAGUAGGCACGACUUUGCCGUACUUAGACGUUUCUCCGAUUUCCUAGGUCUUCAUGAAAAGUUAACUGAAAAAUAUCUGCGAUCGGGCAGAAUUAUUCCCCCUGCGCCCGAAAAAAGUAUUGUUGGAACAACUAAGUUAAAAAUGACUUCAACACCCUCUACGGAAAGUGCAAAUGGCACUAACUCGUCCGCAAGUGUCCAGUCGCUGUUUGUAGAACGUCGCCGCGCGGCGCUCGAGCGAUUCCUCAACCGCGUCGCUCAACACCCUGUGUUGUGUAUCGACCCGGAUUUCAGAGAAUUUUUAGAAUCUGAUACUGAAUUACCAAAAGCGACAAGUACCUCGGCAUUAAGUGGUGCGGGAAUGUUGCGUUUAUUCAACAAAGUGGGAGAAACUGUCAACAAAAUCACAUAUAGAAUGGAUGAAUCAGACCCAUGGUUUGAAGAACGCUGUGCGCGCAUAGAGUCACUAGAAAAUGGUCUUCGUCGCUUAUGCGGGGCUUGCGAGGCGUUAGCGACGGAAAGGCGCGAGCUCGCAACGCGCGCGCAUGAUGCGGCCCGCUCUAUCGCCGCGGCGGCUGCGGCCGACCCGCACGCGCCGCUGUCGCGCGCUCUGUCGCACCUAUCCGAUCUGCACGAGAAGAUUGAACACUUAAGAAAUGAACAAGCCAACACCGACUUUUACGUCCUGACUGAACAUAUCAAAGACUACCUUGGGCUUAUCGGCGCUAUCAAAGAUGUUUUCCAUGAAAGAGUUAAGGUAUUCCAGAACUGGCAACACGCACAAAUGCAGCUGACGAAGCGGAGAGAGAACAAAGCCAAAGCCGACCUCGCCAACCGUCCAGAGAAGAUUGCUCAAGCCUCCACUGAAAUUAUUGAGUGGGAGGCAAAAGUAGAACGCGGCCAACAAGAGUUUGACUCGAUCUCUCGAGUCAUCAAGAAGGAGUUAGAGAGGUGGGAGGAAGUGAGGCUGAGCGAGUUGCGAGCCACCUUGCUGCGCUACCUCGAGGAGCAUAUGAAGCACCAAGCGCAGGCGAUUCGAUACUGGGACGCCUUCCUGCCGGAGCCUCGCGCGAUCAAAUGAGUGCGGCGCCCACGCCGACCGCGGGCCUGCCUCUAAACACUACUACGCCAAAACACACCUUAGCAUCUACUGUUAAGCGUCAUUUUACCCUGCACCCUUGAAGGUAGAUUGAAGUAUUAGGCAUAAUGAAUAGAAAUUAGAUAAAAAUAAUUAUAUAAAAUUAAUAAAUCCAAAGGGAUGAAUAAAAUUAUAACCAGAGUUCAAUAAAUUUCAAGAUUCACAUGAAAAAGAUAUCCUUUCUUACACCUUUGGAAACUUUGAUGGUUUCACCUUCUGUAGUUAUAAUUUCGAAACUAAUGAAGAGAGAAUAAGAUAAUCACUGAUCUCUUACACACUGGACUUGUGAUUGCCGACCAGAGUGUUUGAAAGAUUUUAGUGCUGAUAGCAGCAGUGAGCUUACUCGGAAUUAAAUUUUAGUGAUGAGACAUACAUAUUACGUCUACAUAGUGUCAAUACGAAGACAAUUUGAUACAAAGGGGCUUUUUUUAAUUCCCGGUACGCUUGUUGGGCUUGAAUCGGUACAAAAAAUACCGCAAUUUCGUAAGGAACAAUAUCUCUAGUGUACUUGUAUUGUCCAUUUCAGUGAUUUUAAUACUAUCACUACUAGUCACAGUAAAAUUGACCUUAAUCUCCUUGUUUUAAAGUCGUGAAUCUGUACUACAGAUUUUGAUUUUACUGAGCUUUCACUAGGAAUUUAGUUUUGAAUGCCAAAAUGAAACCUUAAUCUGCCUUGAAUGGGUAUAAUUAUGACGCUAGUAAAUGGAUUGACGCAUUCAUUUGUUGCAGUCGUUUUUAAUCUAUACGUUAAGAUUUAUCGGUAGCGCAUAAUAAUAGGCGGGUCGCAUCGCAAUACAUUGCAUUUUUUUUUUUUUUCAUAAAAAAAAACAGCUCAAUUUGACCUUUUGCCCUCGAUUUUCUCGCUUCUAGCUUGACCAAUUGAAAUGCGGGUUUUAUCGUUUCCAACUACUUAUUUGCAAAAUUUUUAUAUUUAGAUCUUGUAAGUAUCUGUCUAUGGACGGGCAUAACUCUGUUCACAGACAAUAUACAAUAAAGUUAUGUCCUUCAAUAAAAAAAUGUUUAUUUUAAUAUUUUUUAAUACCUACUUGAUAGUGUUCUGCUUAUUAAAAAACGGGCUAAAUACUGAAUACUGUCCUUUCGACAAGACGGCUGGUGUUUUAUCUAUUAUUUCGUUUGUACCAUUCUAUAUCCCAGAGUUAAAUAUUCAUUCAUUUAUUUAUUGGGCUAUUGCGAUGCGGUCCGUGUUGGUGUAUGCUAGCCAUUAAGAUAAGAUAAUAAUUAAUAUAUUAUUUUUGCUAAAAUGUUUAGUUUCUCACCUUCAGCUAUGAUUAUUUGGGACUUCGUAUGCAUUUGUAUUUGAAAAUGAUCUCUAAGGAUGAUUUGUAAAUAAGAGAUGAUAAUAAUAUGGUAUCAAAACUCAUGUAAAACUUAACCAGAAAAAAAUACCACAAGAAAGACGCACACAAACUUAAAUUAUUUGAUUAUGAUACUUAAUAUGAAAGUAAUUCGAGCGACAUCGUUUUUAGCUUUAUUAUCAUAGACAAAAAAGUUAAUUCGGACCAGCUCAAGCUAUUAUCACGUCAAUAGAUACGCAGAGGCUAACGAAUUUUUCAGUAUGUUUUGACAUACUGAAAAAUUCGUAACCCAUUUGUGGGUUGAUUACGGUACGUGCUGUAAUGUGCAUAUCGCCGUAGUUUGACAGCAACUGUGCGACUAUCGAGACCACCUCUGAUUAGCUUACACUCUCACAUUAUUGGCUACAAUGCACUGCUGCAGCCAGAAUAGUGUAAAUUCGGCCAAUCACUACAAUUGUUACUAGAGCAACGUUAUAAUCACAAGAUUUGAGGGGCUACUUACCUACAUAUUGAAGCAGUGUGCGUCUUUUCGUAAUAUAAAAAUGUAUCUAUAGGCUGUGUCUUCAAUAAAUAAUAGAGUAAUCUAUUUGUUUUAACAAGUCUGAUUCAUUUUUUUGUCCAAUACUUUUUUUUCAUUGUCCCUAUAUGAUUAUUAAACAUUUGUUAUAUUAUGUAUAAGUAUAAUAU